AUGGCACUUCAGCUUCUAGUUUUCAUGCUCCUUUUUGGGGGUUCUUCAUGGUUAGAAUCCGUCACUGGUAGAAGGAUCGUUGGGAACGAGACAGAUCGACUUGCUUUGCUCGAGUUCAAGAAACAAAUUGAUGAUCCGUAUGGAGCAUUAAGUUCUUGGAAUGAUUCCAUCUAUUUCUGCAACUGGGUAGGUGUCACAUGUGGCCGCCGUCAUUAUCAACGGGUGAUCGGCUUAAAUUUACAAGCGAAGGGCUUGGGAGGAAACAUAUCUCCUUCUAUAGAGAAUCUCACUUUUCUGCAUUUCCUCAUCUUUUCAAAUAAUAGUUUCCAUGGAAAAAUCCCCAAAGAAAUUGGUAAUCUGAUUCGACUACAGUACAUUUAUUUUGAUAACAAUACUCUUGAAGGAGAACUUCCUCUCAGCUUGGCUAACUGCACUUGUCUAAGAGAAAUCUACUUCGGCCGUAACAAUCUCAUUGGGAAGAUUCUGGUUGAACUUACAUCUUUGUCAAAGCUGGAGAAAUUUUCUAUUUUUCUUAAUGGCUUAACAAAAGAAUUACCAACAUCUUUUGGGAACAUUUCCUCCCUCCAACAUCUUUCUUUGGGUGGAAAUGAAUUGCAGGGGAGCAUUCCAGGAUCCCUUGGUCAACUAACAAACUUAUUCUUUCUAUCACUUGGUGAAAACAAGCUAUCUGGUAUGAUCCCUCUCUCACUAUACAAUCUUUCAUCUCUUAGCUAUAUUGUUCUCGUGCAAAACCAACUACAUGGGAGCCUUCCACGGGACAUAGGCCUCACUCUUCCAAAUCUCAUUUAUCUAGCAAUUGGAAUUAACCAUUUCUCAGGGAGCAUUCCGAGUUCCAUCUCCAAUAUUUCAACACUCGAAAAGUUUGAUCUUGAUCGGGAAGCUGAUGAUUUGGAUUUUGUAAAUUCUUUGGUCAAUUGUACACUUCUAGAGGACUUGGAGCUACAAGUUAAUCGUUUUGAGGGUCGCCUUCCCUACUUUAAAGCCAAUCUCUCAACUCACCUCUCACAACUUAUGUUAUAUGGGAACCAGAUAUCCGGAACCAUCCCUGAUGGCCUUGAGAAUCUCGUUAACUUGACCUCAUUGGACAUGGAGCAGAACUUUCUCGAAGGAAAUAUUCCGCCUGGUAUAGGAAAACUUCCAAAGCUUCAAGUAUUGAUCUUGAAUGGAAAUGGAUUUUCUGGACAAAUACCACCCUCUAUUGGUAAUCUUACUUUCUUGUAUGUGUUGCAUUUAGAAAAAAACAACUUGAAUGCAAGCAUUCCUUCUAGCCUUGGAAAUUGUCAGCAUUUGCAGCACCUAACCCUUGAUCACAAUAACCUUGAAGGCCCAAUUCCAAAACAACUCUUCCUUAUUUCCUCCUUAUCAAUAUCUCUUGACUUGUCUUACAAUUCUCUGGUCGGUUCCCUACCGAUAGAAAUCGGUAACUUGAAGAGUCUUUCUACAUUAGAUAUCUCAAAAAACAGAUUGUUCGGAGAAAUCCCCUACUCCAUUGGUGACUGUAAUAGUUUGGAACAUCUUUAUAUGGGGGUUAAUUUCUUUGAAGGAACCAUUCCCCAGUCUUUGACUCAUUUGAAGGGGCUGCAAGAUCUAAAUCUUUCACACAACAACUUAUCAAGUCAAAUCCCGAAAGAUCUAGAAAACCUUUCAUUUUUGAAGAGUUUGAAUUUAUCCUUCAAUAAUCUUGGGGGGGGGGGAAUACCAACAAAGGGAAUCUUUAGAAACGCAAGUGCAAUUUUAGUAAAGGGAAAUGACAAGCUUUGUGGGGGAAUUGCAGAGUUACAAUUGCCUCCAUGUACAAACCAUGGAUCUACAAAACGAGAAAAAUCUCAUGCUUUCAGAUUAGUUUUAGAAAUAAUUAGUGCGGUUCUUGGUUUUCUUUUGAUAUCUACCUUUCUUACUCUUCUUUGGAUAAGAAAAUCAAAAAGUAAACCUAAACCUCCAUCCACACAAUCAAUAAGUGAUCCAUUCUUAAGGAUUUCUUACACUGAGCUCUUCAAAGCUACUGGAGGAUUUUCUUCAACUAAUUUCAUAGGUUCCGGUGGUUUUGGCUCUGUAUAUAAAGGGAUCAUCAAUCAGGAUGAAACAAUUGUUGCAGUCAAAGUACUCAACCUUCAAAAUCCAAGAGCUUACAAGAGCUUUAUGGUUGAAUGUAGAGCGUUAAGAAACAUUCGGCAUCGAAAUCUUGUUAAGAUUUUAACUUCUUGUUCAAGUCUUGACUCAAAAGGCAAAGAUUUCAAAGCACUUGUUUACGAGUUCAUACCCAAUGGGAGUCUAGAUGCUUGGUUGCAUAUGCCGAUGGAGGAACAUAAUUUUUCAAGGAAUUUAAGUCUUAUUCAAAGAUUAAACAUCGCAAUUGAUGUGGCUUCUGCAUUGGAUUACCUUCAUUACCACUGUUACGUGCCAAUUGUUCAUUGUGACUUGAAGCCAAGCAAUGUUCUACUUGACGAUGAUAUGACUGCACAUGUCAACGAUUUUGGUUUGGCAAGGCUACUUUUAGUACCUGGAGACAAUUCAUCCCACACACAAACUAGUACCAUUGGGAUAAAAGGAUCUAUUGGCUACGCUGCUCCAGAAUAUGGCAUUGAUGGAAAGGCAACUACACAAGGGGAUGUAUUUAGCUAUGGGAUCCUUUUAUUGGAGAUGUUCACAGGAAAAAGGCCAACAGAUCAGAUGUUUACAGAUGACUUAAAUCUCCAUCACUUUGCAAAGGCAACUUUACCUAUGCAAGUAAUGCAAAUUUUAGAUCCAACACUCCUACCCAAGGAAGAACAUGGUGAAGAAAUUGAAGAGGAAACUAUCAACAGAAUUGAAGGUCCUAGCCAUAGGACAGAUAAAUUGCAAGAUUGCAUAACAGCAAUAAUUGAAAUUGCACUGCAAUGCUCUAUAGAAUCACCAAGAGAACGUAUGAACAUGAACGAUGUUGUGAAGGAACUACAAAAAAUCAAGGGCAAAUUUCUUGGAGCAAGAACCGGUCAUUAUUGAGCAUCUAUGCUUGAUUAGAAGGUAAUUCUGUAUUUAUUACCUUUGUAGUUAUUGUAUUGUCUUUGCCACAUAAUGCUCAUGAAAAAAACUGGAAAAAAGAAAAUUCUAGAUCAUGUAGCAGAGGUU